GACCGCGCUGGGGCUCGGGGGCAUCGCAGGAGAGGGUGUUCCACUUCAGACGGGCGCGGAGCCAUGUGUAUAUAAAGCCUGGGGCAGCAGCCCGGCAGGGUUGUUUAGCACAACCACACCUCGGCUUACUUGGCAGCCCGGCGAGGCACGGCCGGAGUGCCGGCAGCUGAUCCCCGAAGUACCCGAGUGUGGGAGCGAUCUGCCCAUGGGCCCCCGCCUGCUGCUGGUUCUGGUGCUGCUUCAGGCAGUUUGGAAAGGUGCUCUGGGAAAGUCCCAUUCACUGCACACUCGAGGAAUCAUUGAACUGGCUGGAGCCAUAACGUGUGGCACAGGACGGUCUCCCUUGGCAUAUAUUGGCUAUGGGUGCUACUGUGGACUGGGAGGACGAGGUUGGCCUAAAGAUAAAACAGACUGGUGCUGCCACAGGCAUGACUGCUGCUAUGACACAGCAGAGAAGGAAGGCUGCAACCCCAAGGUGCAGCGCUACCAGUGGGCGUGUGAGCAGAACACCGUGCGGUGCGAUAACCUGACAGACCGAUGUGAAAAAAUGGUGUGCCUGUGUGACCAAGAAGCAGCCAAGUGCUGGGGAGCAGCCCCAUAUAAUCCUCACUUCGUCCUCUGGCCAGACUUUUUAUGUGGACAGACUCAUCCCACCUGCCAUGUCAGAUAUGGGGGGCCAGAAUAGUCUUUUUAGGACCUUUCUUCAAACAAUUUGAACUUGAAGGUGGUGGAAUAAACUUUUUCCUCAUUUUCCAGAUCUA